UAUUUUUAUAAUUGUGAAAUAUGAUAUGGGUGGGCCCUUUGGAUUUUCUAAAACCCAAGAAAGGAGGAGAAGAAAGGGAAGCAGGAAGGUCUGCGCUGCAACAAAAUCUCCAUAAUUUUGCAUCUGCGUAACUCCAUUACCACUUUAAAGCUCCAGCUAUAUUCAUUUUCAACGCAACUGCCAACUAGGUUUUUUACUUCCUCCUUUUAAACCUCCCGGUUCAUUGCGAACCGAAUACCAUGGCAGCUCUGUUACCUUGCGCGCCCAACGUAGUCUUUGCUCCGUUCGGGAACCGGAGCACGAGCCGCCUCCCCAACCGUCCUCAAUCUCACGCUUUCUCCGGUUCGACCAGACACUUUCUUCGCGGCUCCCUCUCCGUCGCCCGGUUCGGAUUCAAACCCGAGUUCUUGCCCGAGCCGGAGGACACUGAAGGCUUGCUCAGAGAACUGUUUGGCCGAGCGGAGGGACUUUUUUACACGAUUGCAGACGCCGCCGUUUCUUCUUCUUCCGACACGGUUGCUGCUUCCGCCACCGCCAAACAGAGCAACGAUUGGCUUUCCGGAAUCACUAAUUACAUGGAGACGGUUCUCAAGGUACUCAAGGAUGGGCUUUCUGCUUUGCAUGUCCCAUAUGCUUAUGGUUUUGCAAUUAUACUGCUCACAGUUCUUGUAAAAGCUGCCACUUUUCCUCUAACCAAAAAGCAGGUAGAAUCCGCCUUAGCUAUGCGAACUUUGCAACCUCAAAUAAAGGCUAUCCAGGAGCGGUAUGCUGGUGAUCAGGAGAGACUUCAACUUGAAACUGCUAGAUUGUAUAAACUAGCCAACAUUAAUCCUCUAGCAGGAUGCCUGCCCACACUCGCAACCAUACCAGUGUGGAUUGGGCUAUAUCGAGCCCUUUCGAAUGUGGCAGACGAGGGACUCCUUACUGAAGGCUUCUUUUGGAUACCUUCUCUUGCUGGUCCAACCACAAUUGCAGCUCGUCAAAAUGGCAGUGGUAUCUCUUGGCUUUUUCCUUUUGUGGAUGGUGUCCCUCCCCUUGGAUGGUCAGAUACAUUGGCUUAUCUGGUCUUGCCGGUGUUGCUGAUCGUCUCUCAGUACAUAUCUGUCCAAAUAAUGCAGUCAUCACAGCCUAAUGAUCCCAACAUGAAAAGUUCUCAAGUCUUGACCAAGUUCCUUCCAUUAAUGAUUGGUUACUUUGCUCUCUCAGUUCCUUCUGGUCUUAGCCUUUACUGGUUAACAAAUAAUAUAUUGAGCACUGCACAACAAGUAUGGCUUCAAAAGUUAGGAGGUGCCAAAAAUCCUGUGAGGCAAGUCCCAGAUGUUAUCAUAAAAAAUGAAGGAACCCAGGUUCAGAAGUCAAUAUCUAAGCUAAAUUCCACAAUAGUGGAAGAAGCCGGCCAAAGUGAGAAAACAUCAGAGGGGCCACAACCUGGUGAUAGAUUUAAGCAAUUAAAGGAGCAAGAGGCAAGGAGAAGACAACAAAGAGAAGAAGAAGAAAAAAGGAAAUUCAUGGAAGCAGCAGCUAGAGAGACUAAAGUAGAUGAUAGUCACGUGACACUUGAGAAAACUGGAGGUGAUUUAACUGUUGAAAAAUCUCGGUCUGUGGGUUCAGAUACUGAUCCCUCCAUAUCUGGAGUGGUAAAUGGUAACUUUUUAAGUACAGGCUUAGAGGGAAAUCAGAAUUUUACAUCUACAUCUGAGACAGAAAAUAAUGAAGGCUCUGCUCAUUUCAACAAUGAUGAGAUAAACGAGAAAAAUUCAGACAAGGAACCAAGAGAAAUAUUAACAUCUACAACCACUGCAAACACACAACCUCCUGCAGAAGAUGCAGAUCGCAUGACAAAGGAUUGACCAACUAAACAUAUUGAUCUACUUGGAUAUUGACUCGCCCAGUUGCCACUACAUGCCAUAUUGGAAUCACAGUCUGCCUUGCAAUUUGGCGUUCGCCUGGUUAACGCUGUAGAUUGUUACAGAAAUAGUGCAAUGAAUGAGAUUAAAGGUCUCUAUAUCGGCAGAGGAAGUGGUUAGAUUUGACGGCUGAUUUUACAGCCUUAUAGUUUUAGUCUGUGUUGUACUCUUCUCAUCAAUUUUCAUUGUCAAGGAUGGAUGAAUUCACAUUAGAACAGAUGUUUCACAAUACCCUUUAUAGUCAUUUCUGUUUGUCACUGUAACAUUUCAAUAAAUGCUGGCUUAGAUCUGUGUACUAUACCGUGACGGGGAAUAUACGUGAUGCGUUUUAUCCAUAA